CCCGCUUGCAGUCUUCCUCUCAACCCCAUCAGCUGCUGAGCAGAGCCCGAGGCUUUGCAGGCGCGCCGCCUUCCGCUCGCUCGCUCGCUGCGCCGGUCGUUGUCUCCUCAUUUCAUAGCCGUCAGCCCUCCUCACCGUCGAGGAUGGAUUACCGUGGCGACCUGCGCCCGCCUAGGGCCGCCCGUCCGCCCCAACAACAAACGCAACAGCAGGAGACAGACCAGCCGUUCUUCAGCAGCCGCCCUGCGUUUCCGCACACGGAUGGCUCAAAAGGCAACGUCUCCUUCCAGAACACUGAGCGUGGCGACCGCCACGGCCAGCUUGACCAGCCUCGACAACGCAACAUGCCAUCUGCAUACCAGCACCAACUUCCCCCUGAUGUUGACCCAGAAACUGGCAUGCCGUUCGACCAGGGCAGGGUCGGGCGCAAGAAGAGUUUGGUGCGCCCCGAUCGAGAGAAGAUCGCGCCUGGCCAUAGGCAGUGGCACUACCGGAACCACGUCCAGCAGGCAGAGGAGGAAGGGAAUGCCCGUGUUGGCGUCAUGCCCUCUACUACUGGAAAUAUACCCCAGGGCCUGCGUCGGGGGAAAUCGCUGCUCGGUCGCGAAGAAGACGUUCACGAAUCCGGCCUCGCGUUGUUCAAGCGUGGCGCUACCCUCCGACGAAAACGGCCUGCCGCUGCAGUCCCCCUCCCACCCCUCGAGAAGAAACCUGGUGGCUUGCUAGGCGACACCCCAGGCCCGCGGGACUGCUGGAUGUAUUAUUGCUACAUAUUGACUUGCUGUAUCCCUCCUUUUUUGUUCAGUCUUUUCGGUCUGAAGACUCCCGAGCAGCGUCGCGCCUGGAGAGAAAAGAUGGGCCUCGUCAGCAUCAUCAUGAUCCUCAUGGCGGGCGUCGGCUUCAUCACCUUCGGGUUCACAGAAGCGGUGUGUGGGACGCCUGCUGACCGCUUCCACGGCGGCGCUGUUGGCGAGAGCUACAUCGGCACCAGCUCCAUCACCAUCCAUGGCUACGACUACGACAUGAAUGACUUCAAACACCCUCAGGCCGGCGACAUGUUCGAUGGCACCACAAACCCUGUUCUGACGGGUGGCUGGAACCUGGGCGGAAACGACGCCACAUUCCUGUUCCAGAAGGUCAACGAGCACUGCUAUGGCAUGAUCACCAAGGCUGCGUCGUCGAGCAUCACUGGCGAUGGCGACUUCCUCGACUGGUACUUCCCUUGCAACGUCUUCAACCAGGAUGGGACUUCUGGCGUCAACAUGACUGGUUAUGAGGACGAUACCAACUGCCAUACUUCUUCCACCGCGAAAGAUCAAUUCAGCCAGCUCCAACCGCAGGGACAGGUCUACUUCACCUGGGAGGACGUUGAGAGUGACAGUCGCAACCUAGCUGUAUACGAGUCCAACGUCCUUGACCUGAACCUCCUUCAAUGGCUCAGCGGCGCGCAAGUCCAGUAUCCGUCGAUCUGGGACGAGAUGAAGUACGCGGACGGCACGUACAACAAGAAGGACCUUACGAUGUACUUCAAGCGCAACCACAUGGAGCAAAUGGGUCAUUGCUUGCAGGACAUCAUCUCCAUUGGCUUCAUCGACACCAAUACCAUCGGUUGUGUCGCUUCCCAGAUCGUCCUCUACGUGUCCCUCAUCUUCAUCAUCGGCGUCGUCGCCAUUCGUUUUGCUAUGGCCGUCAUGUUCCAGUGGUUCUUCUCUUGGAAACUCGGCAACUUCCCGAAGGAGACGUACGAGGAGCGGAUGCAACGUUCCCGCCAGAUCGAGAACUGGAGUAACGACAUCUAUCGUCCCGCUCCCAGCGAGUAUCGCCCAACGAUGUCGAAGAACGGAUUGAAGGCGAAGGUUGGAACCAGGACUUUCCUCCCGAGCACCUCGCGCUUUACGCCAGCCGAGAAUGCCCUCGGGGGACGACCUACGACCGCGUAUGGCAUGCUGGAUAGUUCCUCGAACUACACCAAGUCCGUCUACGCACCCAGUACGAAGUAUGGGAAGGGAACGCCUCCCGACUCCCCCCUUCGGCAGUCGAAGGUCUUCAACGAUGCCAUGUCUCACCGAGGGGCGUUCUCGGACAGCCCAUGCCCGUUCCCGCUGCACAACGUCGUUCCGCAACCACCACCCGAUUACGAGCCGUUCAACUUCCCGCUCGUGCACACGAUCUCCCUCGUUACGGCCUACUCGGAGUCUGUCGAAGGUCUACGGACAACCUUGGACUCGCUCGCGACGACGGACUAUCCGAACAGCCACAAGCUCAUCCUCAUCAUCGCCGACGGCAUGGUGAAGGGGUCCGGGAACGACAUGACGACGCCGGAGAUCUGCUUGUCCAUGAUGAAGGAACUGAUCAUCCCGGCCAACGAGGUCGAGCCACAUUCCUACGUUGCCAUCGCAGAUGGUCAUAAGCGUCACAAUAUGGCGAAGGUCUACGCUGGCUUCUACGACUACGACGAUGCCACGGUCGAGCGCUCUAAGCAGCAGAGAGUUCCCGUCGUCCUCGUCGCGAAGUGCGGGAAUCCGCUGGAGGCCAACGACGCGAAGCCCGGCAACCGUGGCAAGCGCGACAGUCAAAUCGUCCUCAUGGGUUUCUUGCAGAAGGUCAUGUUUGAUGAGCGGAUGACCACCUUUGAGUACGAGUUCUUCAACUCUAUUUGGAGGGUGUCGGGUGUCAGCCCCGACCGCUACGAACUGGUGCUUUGUGUCGACGCCGACACCAAGGUCUUCCCCGAUUCCUUGACGCGCAUGACUUCCUGCAUGGUGCACGACGAGGAGAUCAUGGGGCUCUGCGGCGAAACGAAGAUCGCGAACAAGGCGGACUCAUUUGUGACCAUGAUGCAAGUGUUCGAGUACUACAUCUCCCACCACAUGACGAAGGCCUUUGAGUCCAUGUUCGGUGGUGUAACUUGUUUGCCCGGCUGCUUCAGUAUGUAUCGCAUCAAGGCACCGAAAGGCGACACCGGCUACUGGGUACCUAUCUUGGCAAACCCCGACAUCGUUGAGCACUACUCGGAGAACGUCGUCGAUACAUUGCACAAGAAGAACCUCUUGCUCCUCGGCGAGGAUCGGUACCUCACCACGCUACUCUUGAAGACGUUCCCGAAGCGCAAGAACGUGUUCUGCCCGCAAGCCAUUUGCAAGACGGUUGUGCCAGACACGUUCUCCGUUCUGCUUUCCCAGCGUCGCCGGUGGAUCAACUCGACCAUUCACAAUCUCUUUGAGCUCGUCUUCGUCCGCGACCUGUGUGGAACGUUCUGUUUCUCUAUGCAGUUCGUGGUCGCCAUGGAACUCGCGGGAACGCUCGUCCUUCCGGCUGCCAUUGCUUUCACCCUUUACCUCAUCAUCGUGUCCAUCAUCCCAGGAGGCACCAAUACCACCAUCCCGCUCAUCCUGCUCGCCAUCGUCCUCGGUCUUCCGGGUGUGCUCAUCGUCAUCACGUCCCGGAAGAUCGCAUACGUCGGUUGGAUGUUGGUAUACCUCAUCUCCUUACCCAUCUGGAACGGUGUUCUUCCUGCGUACGCGUUCUGGCACUUCGAUGACUUCUCCUGGGGCCAAACUCGUCAAAUCGCCGGAGACAAGGGUGGAAAUCAUGGCGACAAGGAGGGCGAGUUUGAUUCGAGUCAUAUCGUCAUGAAGCGUUGGGCAGAAUUCGAGCGCGAUAGGCGGUGGAAGAGCGGUACUCAGUCCAGAGAUUCUAUGUUGUACGACCGGAAGACGGACUCGAACCGCUAUUCGAUGGCGUCCAAUUCGGAUACAUUCCAUCCCCCGUCCGGUGGUUUCGAUUCCAGCACGAUGGAGUCCGGCCCGUAUAGCACGUCUCCUCGGCCACGCCUCGACAGCAAUAACUUGCUUGUCCUCCCAGCACCCCUAGCCGCGAACCGGCAACCCAUGUCGUCGUCUUCGACAGUGGGAAUGUCAAGGUCAAGCGACGACCACUACUAUUCUGACGCCACCUCCUCCAACUUACGGCUCAUCCCCAGUUCCCCGUCGGCCGAGCAAUACAGCGAGUACGAUUCGCCUUCCCCAGGCCAAAGGCACCAGUCGCCUGGGCGUUACGACACGCCUCCGCGCUCUGCGUCACGGCAGCGUACGAACUCGGCGGACCCUUUCCGCUCCGUCACAACAUCGCCGACUAGCUACGAGGAGUCGAACUACACAACGGAGCCAGAGGAGAUGAAUGCAAGUCAGCGGCCUGGAGGACGGGGUGUACGGUUGACGGAUGGUGGACCGGUGCCGGGUCCGGAAGGUGUACGUCGUGUCUCUCGCCCACAGGGCCGCCGACCGUCUUCGCAGGCGCCGCAGAACCGCUAUUCGCGCGGCUCCGUAGCGUACUUGCCGCCUGGUGCCGCUGCGCCCCAGCAAGGCUACGGUGGCAACUAAAGACUUUACGGACAGACUUGACUCGUAUAUAUGGACACUGUACGAUGACCCUUGAUGAUCCAGCUUUUGCAGCCCAACG